GUGUUUCACAACCCAGCAGUAGGAUCCCGGCGUGACAUUCACCGGGCGGCUAGCAGGUUUGGGGCCGAGCACAACCACCCGGCCUGAACUCCACCGAGCUCUCUUCAAGAUGAAGCUCCUGAAAGCGGGUCUGUGUUUGACCCGGAAUCAUCUGUUAGCACCGGGGAGCGUCACGCUGAAAAAGGUGCUUAUGAACAGCUGUCGGACCUGCUCCUCCGGGGUCGUCCCCAACGAGAGAAUCCGCAAUAUCGGCAUCUCGGCUCACAUCGACUCGGGGAAGACCACCCUGACCGAGAGGGUCCUCUACUACACGGGCAGGAUAGCAGAGAUUCAUGAGGUGAAAGGGAAGGAUGGUGUUGGAGCCACUAUGGACUCCAUGGAGCUGGAGAGGCAGAGAGGCAUCACCAUCCAGUCAGCAGCUACAUACACCAUGUGGAAGAACCACAACAUCAACAUCAUUGACACACCCGGUCACGUGGAUUUCACCAUCGAGGUGGAGCGAGCUUUGCGGGUGCUGGACGGAGCGGUGCUGGUUCUGUGUGCAGUGGGAGGCGUCCAGUGUCAGACCAUGACCGUCAACAGACAGAUGAAGCGCUACAACGUCCCCUUCCUCACCUUCAUCAACAAGCUGGACCGAAUGGGAGCCAACCCGAGCCGGGCGCUGCAGCAGAUGAGAUCUAAACUGAGCCACAACGCAGCCUUCGUGAACAUCCCCAUGGGCCUGGAGGGGAACAUGCGCGGCAUCAUCGACCUGAUAGAAGAGCGGAGCAUGUACUUUGAAGGACCGUUUGGUCAAAGCAUUCGCUACGACGAGAUCCCAGCAGAUUUCCGGGCAGAAGCUGCAGACCGCAGGCAGGAGCUGGUGGAGUGUGUCGCCAACGCUGACGAAACGUUGGGAGAAAUGUUCCUGGAGGAGAAAGUUCCUACCAAAGAGGACCUCAAGGCUGCGGUCCGCAGAGCCACAGUGCAGCGCCUGUUCAGCCCCGUGUUGGUCGGCACGGCGCUGAAGAACAAAGGCGUCCAGCCUCUCCUGGACGCCGUCCUGGAUUACCUGCCGAACCCCAGCGAAGUCAAGAACUACGCCAUCCUCAAUGAAGAGGAUUCAACAGAGAAGUCAAAGAUUGAAAUGGACCCAACCAGAGAUUCCUCAAACCCUUACGUUGGCCUUGCCUUUAAACUGGAGGCCGGGAGGUUCGGUCAGCUGACCUACGUCCGCGUUUACCAGGGCUGCCUGAAGAAAGGAGAGUACAUCUACAACACGCGCACGGGCAAGAAAGUCAGAGUUCAGAGGCUGGUGCGCCUCCACGCCGAUCAGAUGGAGGACGUGGAUGAGGUUUACGCAGGAGAUAUCUGCGCUCUGUUUGGGAUCGACUGUGCCAGCGGAGACACUUUCACAUCCAAGACCAGCUCCAACCUCUCCAUGGAGUCCAUUCACAUCCCAGAGCCCGUCAUUUCCAUGGCAAUUAGGCCAUCAAAUAAGAACGACUUGGACAAAUUCUCUAAAGGCAUCAACCGUUUCACCAGAGAGGACCCCACUUUCAGAGUAACUUUUGACACCGAGAGCAAAGAAACCAUCAUCUCAGGCAUGGGCGAGCUGCAUCUGGAGAUCUACUCCCAGAGGAUGGAGCGAGAAUACAGCUGUCCCUGUGUGAUGGGGAAACCAAAAGUGGCUUUCAGAGAGACGAUCACCAGUCCUGUACCAUUUGACUUCACCCAUAAGAAGCAGAGCGGCGGCUCCGGGCAGUACGGUAAAGUCACCGGGGUCCUGGAGCCACUGGAGCCCGAACACUACACCAAGCUGGAGUUCGAAGAUCAGACCAUCGGAACCAACGUCCCCAAGCAGUUUGUGCCGGCUGUGGAGAAGGGCUUCAGGGAGGCCUGUGAGAAGGGACCCCUCAGCGGACACAAGAUCUCAGGAGUCAGAUUCCUUCUGGAGGACGGAGCCAAUCACAUGGUCGACUCCAAUGAAAUCUCCUUCAUUCGUGCAGGAGAGGGCGCUCUGAAACAAGCAAUGGAAAAGGCCAACGCUGUGAUUCUGGAGCCAAUCAUGUCGGUGGAGAUCGUUGCGCCGCAGGAGUUUCAAGGAGUUGUCAUUGCCGGGGUGAACCGUCGCCACGGUGUGAUCACAGGCCAGGACGCCGCCGAGGGAUACUUCACUCUGUACGCUGAUAUUCCUCUGAACGACAUGUUUGGCUACUCCACAGAGCUGCGCUCCUUCACCGAGGGAAAAGGAGAGUACACCAUGGACUACAGCAGAUAUCAGCCCUGCCUGCCAGGAACACAAGAAGACCUUGUCAACAAAUACUUGGAGGCCACAGGACAGCUGCCUGCAAAAAAGAACAAAUGGAAGAACUGAGCUGCUCCCUCGCUUGUUUAUUGUUGGACUCCACAAUCGCCCAGGACAGUGUUGGAGUUCAUGAGCCAAAAGAAAAAAAAGUUCAUAUUUUGAUGUUCUUUAUCAUUUUAACCCCCCUCUCAUCCUCCACUCUGUCUAAAUCUCAUGUGAAACAUAUUUAUGUUGUUUUGAGCACCAUCUGAUCUCAACAGGCUGCAUCUGGUACUCAAACCUGAGUAGUUACUGAAACCUGUUUUCACUCACGCUGGUUUUUGUACUGUGUACAGAAUGAUAUUGAUUUGAUAAUGACUGCAAUAUAGUUUUGAUCUUCCUCA